CUCAAAUGUAUGAGUAAUGUCUUAUCUGAUGUCUGACAUCAACUGCUGUACACCUAAGUUAUUGAGGUAGUGUCUCCAGUUCAUCAAGUUAGUCAUUUUGCUUUGGAGAGCCUCUGCUAUUCAUCAUAUACAUGGGUACUGUGAAACUGAAAUCCUGUCUUUAUGCCACAAGCACUUCACCCACAGCUAUCUUCCCAGGCUGUUGGAACAUGGAUCCAAGAAUGGACUCCUGUGAGGAAAUUUCUGAGCUCUUAUGGGAAAACCCCAAGAAACCAAGGGAAGAGUCUUGUGACCUCGAUUUCUUCAAAACACAGAAUUGUUCUUGGAAUGUGUUUUCAUACUUCUCCCAGAUCUUUAUUUCAGUUGAAGAUGUGGCUGGGAUCUUCACCAUAGAGGAAUGGGGACAUCUGGACCUGGAUCAGAGGACUCUGUACCAGGAGGUGAUGAUGAAGACCUGUGGGCUUCUGUUCUUACUGGGGCCUUUACUGGGUAAGCUUGGCUGUCCUGGAAUUUGCUCUGUAGAUUGACCUUGAACUCAGAGAUCUGCGUGCCUAUCUAUGGAGAGCUCUUGGGGCUGCCUUCCAGGAAUUGGCAGGAAUUUGACAUUGGGCCAGAACAUCACCAAAAACAGCAGCAGCAAUAUAGUGGAGUCAUCCAGAGUCUAGAGUGCUACAGAGAGCAGAACUGGAGAAGUGAUACAAGCCCUUUGGAGGAGCCCAGAAGAUCAUGUGUAGAUCUCAGACAUUAGAAUAAGAAACUGUAAAGUUGAGGCUGCCUUGGAUACCCCAAAAUGUUAGAGAUGCCAGAGUCAUAGGAUACCUGCUAAAGGGGAGUGGCACCAGCCCAAGAGAAUGAAGUUUGUUGCUGCUAAAUGCCAGAUGUGCCAACAGUAGUCAACAAGGAUGAAAGGAGUUGAAGUUCUGAAGAACAAUUUGACAUCAGACAUUGAGACAUUGAGUUUGGAGUUUGCCCAGCUGGUUUUCAGUCUUGCUUUGGUCCAACAUUUUUUGGCUUUAUGUGGGAUUACAGUUAAGUGAUUGGAUGAAUCCCAGAAGAGACUUUGAAUUUUGGACUUUUAACAUCGUUGAGACUGCUAUAGGCUAUGGGGACUUUUGAAGUUAGAUUAAGUGUAUUUUGCAUUAUGUGGUGGCUAAGUAUGGUACAUAAACAUAGGCUCAUGUGUUUGAACAAGCUUAUAGGGGGUGCAGGGAGUGGAAUGUGGUGGUUUGAAUAUACUUAGCCCAGGGAAUGACUGUAUUAGGGGGUGUAGCAUCAUUGGAGGAAGUGUGUCAUUGUGGGCAUGGGUUAUAAUACCACUGUCUUAGCUGCCUGGAAUCCAGUCUUCUUUUAGCUGCCUUCAGAACAAGAGGUAGAACUCUCAGCUUCUCCAGAAUCAUGUCUGCCUGGAUUCUGCCAUUCUUUCUACCAGAUUGUUGAAGGGAAUUCCACCAUUCCAAAAUGGACUGAAUUUCUGAACCUUCAAACCAGCCCCAAUUAAUUGUGUUCCUGUAUAAGAGUUGCUAUGGUUAUGGUGUCUCCUCUCACCAAUAAAACCCUUUACAGACAGAAACCCAGUCUGAUUUCCACAGUGCAGGCACUGAUUUACAUCCCAACCA